UUUACCCCAGCCCUCCGGUCCGUUUCCACUGUAGCAAAACCGGAAGCGAAACCCUACCCUCCUCUCUCUCUCUGCGCUCCGGUCCUCCACAGCAGCGGAGCCGGAAGCGAAACCCUAACCCUCUCUCUCUCUCUCUCGCGCUCUCCAAUGGCAACUACUCCACUGAUCGCGGGGAUUGCAAUAGCAGCUGCUGCAUAUGCGGGUAGAUAUGGCAUCCAGGCAUGGCAAGCCUUCAAGACAAGACCACCUACAGCGAGAAUGCGCCGAUUUUACGAUGGCGGCUUCCAACCCACCAUGACGAGAAGGGAAGCAGCUCUGAUACUCGGUGUCAGAGAAAGAACUCCGACAGACAAGGUCAGGGAAGCGCAUAGGAGAGUUAUGGUUGCGAAUCAUCCAGACGCUGGCGGUAGCCAUUAUUUAGCUUCUAAAAUCAAUGAAGCUAAAGAUGUGAUGCUUGGAAAAACUAAAAGCGGUGGGUCUGCAUUUUGAUGACCCUUUUCUGCAAGGCCACAUUCUUGGGUUCCCGGUGGCUCAAACCGGUUUAUAACUCGAUUUGUCGACAUUGAGUAAGUGGCUAUGGAAAGUCUCUUCUUCUUUUUUCAGUAAUUAACCCACAGGAACUGGGUCUUUCUUCUGCGGCAUGAAGAAAUUAGAUUGGUCUAUGAUUCUUGGAAGAGCCAUUUGUUUCUUUUCGGAAAUUUGGUAGGUUUACAUUGUUCCGAAUAUAGUUUACAAGUCGCCAGUGUCUACUACAUAGAUAAAGGUUUUGUAUUUUUGGUUUCUUACCUCCCCCUAAGGAUUAUUACGCAUUUUCACAUGGUGAUGUGAGAAAAAUGUGCCAGCUCAUACAUCUGGGCUUUCUCUA